AUGGCUUCGUCGGUUUUCCGCUUCGCACCCCUUCCCAGUCCGCCGGUGCCCCUCCCCGGUGUCCCGGGCCCCAAACUAGCCCCUUUCACUCCGAAUGCCCGAGCCGACAUCGAGUUUAUUGAGUUCCUCGGUGAGGAAAACAACGUGGACUCUCAGGUCUGGAAGGUCAAGAUCAACGGAGCUGGGCAGCCUGGCCUGUUUGCUCUCAAGAUGUUUUACUUCCGCCACUCAAACUUUCUCCGUAGAGACCCGGGCGGGGACCUUACGACGUCACUCGCCAACUCUCAGCUCUAUGCCGACUACUUUGACCCUUUCAACUGUGAGUGCCGUGCCUAUGGCCGACUCAAGGAGGAAAACCGCGAGGACCUGGCCGCCAAAGCCUACGGCUAUCUCCUCCUCACCCCCGAGCAGGAAGCUGGCUUGGCCCGGGACGUGACGGGCGAACCCAGCCCGCCCCCCGACGCCGAGGAGGACGAGCCCCUGGAUGGCCAAGGUUUCUGGAGGCGGUGGGAGCAACACCGCGGACUGCCUCUCCGGGCCAUCGUCAAAGAACUCGUCCCCAGGGGGGGACUGAAUCCCAACCUGGCCCAGGGCAUGUGGGCGGACCUGAAAUCCCUUCACUCUCUGGGUAUAUUUGUGGGAGAUACGCACGGCGGCAACUUCAUGGGCGGGAAGCUCGUCGACUUCAGCCGCUCAUGGACCAUGUACCAUCCGGCCAUGGUCCAAAUCCGCGACAAGACACUGCAAGACAUGAUGUUAGUAGAGCUACAGGAUCUGCUAGACUAUUGCUACUUCUUAAAGAGCAGUUUGAGGGCGAUAGCCAUCCCUGACGACCUUGAGGCUUUCUGCUCGGGGCACCUUGCCGAGUACAAAGGUUUCCCGUGGGCCUACAACUGGCUCAAGUGGGAGAAGAACGCCGACGCGGCACAAGCGUUUGUGGAAGAAGAGCUAUUUGAGAGGGAGGCUCAUUGA